GAAAAAUGGCUGAGUAGUUUUUCCAGAGUUACAUUUUUUUUCCUCAAAAAUAGUUGUUUUUGCUCUAUUUUGAGUGUACAGAGUCAAAUUUAUCAGUAGAGUGGGAGCAAAAUCACAGAGUAACUGCAGUGACUCCUCCCAUAACUGUUCUCUUCCCAAAGUUUCGUUUAUCCGCCAUCUUAUUAGUCACGGCCGUCGACCGCUGCUGCUUUGCUUUCUGCUGGAUGGUAAAGUAAAUAUAGUUUCAAAGUCUUGGUAACGUUAUUCAUAUAUUUUUCAUAAUAUUCACCCGUUAUUAGCUCAGGACAUUUCGUCAUUUUUUUUUUUUUUUUUUUUGCAUAUUACAUCGCUUUCUCAUGUUAGCUUGAGCACUAAGUUGUGCCAUGUCAGAAAUAAAUUAGACUAAGUAAUCUUUAAUGCAAACAGCUAAGUUAAUAUAAAAAUAACUAACAUUAAUUGACAUCAGUAAGUACGCUAUAGCCUAUUAACGUUAAAUGUUUGUCCACAUAAGUAUUGUGACAAGUGAUCGAAAUGUGCGCCACAUGCCACCACAUGUAGUUGACUCGGCAUAGAGUAAAAGUCAACGUUAGCCGUAAUUAACUUGCAUUGCUGGGAGGCUAUUUUGAUAUGCAUUAUUAUCCCGAUUCGGAGGGUUACUGUGGGGAUGUAGGUAUUUUCAGCAUUUACAGAUUUUUUUAAUAUAUUUUGUCAUCUUUGACCGUAUGAAUCUAGAAUUUUGGGGUGUGACAAUUCAGAAUUCGCCGUUGACUCCUUUUUGUCCACUGCCGAACACAGUAUAAUAAUUUGUUUCUGCUCUAACGUUAACUGUUCUCUUCCCAAAGUUUCGUUUCGUUCCGCCAUUACAGUCAUUGCCAUUGACCACUGCUGCUUCGAUUUGAGAAGAUAACGUGUGUUUCUGCUGGAUUGUAAAAAAUCCUGGGAAGUAUUUACAAGCAGAAUAUUAAUCAGUUGAAAGGAGAAAGAGGGAAAUAAACGGGAUGCAGACCAACAAUGUUAUCAGAGUGAAGUUCAAAGACAGCAAGAGAUAUAUUUUUUCUUCAAAACCUUUUACAUUUCAAUCAUUUUUGGAAUGUGUUGCCAAUAAAUUUGAUCUUCCUACAAUGGAUGUGAAAGUCUUUGAUGACUCGAAGACAGAAGUUGAUGAGGAAGCAUUCGUAUAUCUGCUGACACGACCAGAUCUUGGUGUAUUAGAAAUUGUCAUCCCAGGCACAGCAAACAUUGAUGAUUCUUUAAGCUCAAGCUCAUUAGGAGAUGAAGGUACAUCAGAGUCUGAUGACACUGCAAUGUUGAUUACAAGCCCUCCUGAAAAAAAUCUAGCUGAGGAACAUCGUCUUGCCAAGAUGAUUGAAGAGAUUCUAAAGACCAGCCCUGGAGGUGAAAAGAUUAUAAACGAAUAUACCCGCACCAAAGGUCUGUCCGAUACCCGAAGACGUGACAUGGUGAAAAUUUUGGUAGCACAUUUAACAAAUGAACAUGGAACAAGCCCUUCCCGACGUUUGAAGGAAGAAUAUGCGAAAGGAAUCAUUUCCCUCUUCCCAUGCUUGGCUGACCCCAGGAGCAAGCUUGGAUAUGAGCAUUAUUACAAUGCAGAAGAUGGAAGUGGAUAUUUGGCAUGGAGAAUUAAAACUCUGCAGAAAGAAGCAUCAGAGGGACGGAUGAAGCGUCCACGGCAACCACAAACAGGUGGGCCAACUGCUGACAGACAAUCCUACAAAGAAGACUGCUAUUUGACUGAAGACCGUCAUUGUCAGGAAGCAAUAGCCCUGAUGAAGCAUACAGCUGAUGAGGCAGUGGUAAAGGAAAAGAUGAAGUUAACGCUGGCCUAUCGCCAGAAGCUGCUGCAUGACCCUAAAAAGUCUGCUGAUAUUCUAUCAGUUUUCUCACGAUUCCUGGAUAUACCAGGCUUGAUUAAUCAAGAUUUUGGACUUUUGUUUGGUGAUGCGACCUCUGCAAAGUUGUUGGAGAAGUGGUCUACCAACAUAAAACCAAAGGUUAUUGCACAGAGCCGUGGCCUCACACAGACUAGUGAGCUCCAAGACCUCAUCCAAAAUGCUGAAGCCACUGAAGUUGAAGAAGGGUGGGACAGCGACAUGUCUUCCAUUCUGAUGCUGGUUCACCUUUUGCCACCCUCAAGUCAAGGCCGCAAGAGACCGGGAAAGAUCUCAGCCAAACAAGCAUGUGAUCAUCUUGUGAAAUUCAUCAAGACCGGUAACAGUAUCCAAGGGCACUUGGACAGUAUUGGAGAGAGACUCCAGCCGUAUCUACUCGCUGUUGGGCCGAACAAAAGUAGGAUCCAUUCUUGGUUUAUUGUGAUUGACCAACAUGCUCUACCCUGUAAGGCUUCUAAUUCAUUGGCCUGUGUUGAUGAGCUUUUCAAAGCUCACUUUGUCUUUGGGACUUCAUACUGUCAGGAAUUGACCAAUGUGUUUAGCUUUCUGCAAACCGCAGUCUAUGAUAUAGAUGUUGAAACCACCAAGGUAAAUCCCAGAGUAUCCGAGUUGAGAGCUAGAAUCCUCCAGUGA